CAAUUACAACAUGAGUGGCUUAUCGGAUAACCAGAUUAAGGAGAUCCGCGAAGCAUUCUUUGUGUACGACAACGAGUACUCCGGAUUGGUGACUAGCAAACAGUUGGGGGAGGUGAUGCGCACUCUGGGCCAGAGUCUAACGGAAGCCGAGCUCUUCACACUGGUCAACGAAAAUUGCGACAAUGACGGCAUGAUCUACUUCAAGGACUUCCUCCAGGUGAUGACCAGGCGGCUGGAGGAGCAAAACAGUCUUGUUAGUCUGCAACAGGCCUUCAGGAUCUUCGAUCGUAACGAUGUGGACUAUUUCACCAUUGUGGAAGUUAAGGCAGUGAUGACCAAUCUUGGCGAGAAAAUAACCGACGAAGAGUUGCGCGAGAUGUUCAGGGAUAUCGAUUUGGAUAACGAUGGGAAAGUCACCUUUACCGAUUUCGUAUCUGUCAUGCGAAGUUAAAUUAAGAAUUCCAAAUUCAAAGCACCAAAUAAACACGAACCCAAACCCCUUCCUGCAAAAAAAAA